GUUCGAGGUGGUAGCCACGGUGCAGCCAUGGCCAAGGCCAGCCCGGGCCACAGCCCCCCUGCCGGGGACCCUGAGCGAGAGCAGCGAUGGGGCCUCCUUUUCGAUGAGUUGGACAGCAACAAGGAUGGCCGCGUGGACAUUCACGAGCUGCGCCUGGGGCUGGCCCGGCUGGGUGCGAGGACCCCGGACAGCGCCGGCCAGGACAUCCUACAGGAGGGAGACGUAGACCAAGAUGGGGGCCUGACCCUUGAAGAAUUCACCCGCUACCUGCAGGAACACGAGAGACGGCUGCUGCUCAUGUUCCACAGCCUGGACCGGAACCAGGAUGGCCAUAUAGAUGCCUCAGAAAUCCAACAGAGCUUCCAAGCCUUGGGCGUUUCCAUCUCUUUGCAGCAGGCUGAAAAGAUUCUGCACAGCAUGGACCGUGAUGGGACAAUGACCAUUGACUGGCAAGAAUGGCGAGACCACUUCCUGCUACAGCCUCUGGAGAACAUGGAAGAUGUGCUGACAUUCUGGAAGCACUCAACGGUUCUGGACAUAGGUGAAUGUCUCACAGUGCCAGAUGAGUUCUCAGAACAGGAGAAGCUGUCAGGCAUGUGGUGGAAACAGCUGGUGGCAGGAGCUGUGGCGGGGGCUGUGUCACGGACGGGCACAGCUCCACUUGACAGGCUAAAGGUUUUCAUGCAGGUUCAUGCUUCCAAGACCAACCAGCUGAAUGUCCUAGGGGGGCUGCGGAGCAUGGUCAAAGAGGGUGGCAUCCGCUCUCUAUGGCGUGGAAAUGGCAUCAACGUGCUCAAGAUCGCACCUGAAUCUGCCAUCAAAUUCAUGGCCUAUGAGCAGAUCAAAUGGGCGAUUCGGGGGCAGCAGGAGACGCUGCGAGUGCAGGAACGCUUUGUGGCAGGGUCCCUGGCUGGGGCCACAGCCCAAACCAUCAUCUAUCCCAUGGAGGUGCUGAAGACACGGCUAACCCUCCGUCGGACUGGCCAGUACAAAGGACUGCUGGACUGUGCGAGGCAAAUCCUAGAACAGGAGGGGCCCAGAGCCUUCUACAAGGGCUACCUACCCAACGUCUUGGGCAUUAUCCCAUAUGCAGGAAUCGACCUGGCCGUCUACGAGACCCUGAAGAACAAGUGGCUCCAGCAGGACAGCCACCACUCAGCUGACCCAGGGAUCCUCAUCCUCUUGGCCUGCGGCACCAUUUCCAGUACCUGCGGCCAGAUCGCCAGCUAUCCCUUGGCUCUGGUCCGAACUCGCAUGCAAGCUCAGGCUUCCAUCGAGGGUGCCCCGCAGCUCACCAUGCUGGGCCUCUUCCGCCACAUCCUUUCCCGAGAGGGAGUGUGGGGCCUGUACCGAGGCAUCGCCCCCAACUUCAUGAAAGUGAUUCCAGCUGUUAGCAUCUCCUAUGUCGUCUAUGAGAACAUGAAACAGGCCCUGGGGGUUACAACCAGAGCCUGCAAGCAGCUGAUCUACCCCAACCUGGUCACUGACACUGGAUCACCGGAGGAACCUGUCCCAGGAUCUGCUCUGCAUGGCAUUGGCACUGGAUUCCCAACCUCUGGUGGAGGUGGGGAUGGUGGUGGCACUUUACCCCUACCAACCCACUGCACUGACUUGGGAAUGUUCUGGUCUUCUCCCCAACCCUCUCCCCAAACCCCUGCACUGCAAUACCACUGGGUCCCCAGGGGCAGUGCAAAUUCCCUGGGCCCUUCCCCCUAUCCCCUGGCUCCCUCCCAUGGUAGUGACACUGUUGUGCUCCAGCCCUGACUCUUCCCCUGCCACCACAGACAGAUCAGCCCAACACAUCUGUGGGGGAAUAUAGCAUGGGGGAGACAUACUAGCCAAUCCCAGCUAGAGGGAGGGGACCCCAUGGCCCCAGGCAGAGACCCUCCAGGAACCCAGAGCUGAGGAUGAACCUUCCACUAGUUUCUCUCACAUCCCUUUUUCUUUCCUUAUUUUCCCAUUCCUCAGUCUUAGGUAGGAGAUGAGUUUGAAUAGGACUGAAAAAUGACCCAGGAUAGGGCUAGGACCGCCUGCUGAGCCAUACUUAGGUCCAUGCCCCUCCCUCCAGCAUCCUCAAAACACACACAUUCCAAUUGUGCAGGAAGAUAGAAAGAGAGAGAGAGAGAAAGAAAGAAGUCUUAAAAUCACCCAACCCAGGUCUAUUUUUCUAUUGGGGUAAGGAACAGCUCUUCUCCCAACACACACACACACACACACACACACACACACACACACACACA